UAUCUUAUUUUUUUUUGAAAAAAUAAAUAAAAACCUUAAAAUGACCCUUUAAGGUUUUUUUUUUUAUCUUAAAGUAGCUCUCUUACUACAAAAAAAACUUCGUAUGUACCUUCUCAGUCAAAACACACUCUUUAAAAACAUUUUUAGGACCUAAUUCAUAUUUUUUUUAAAACUCAUAUCUUUAGUUUUAAUUAUAUGUUUAGCUCUCAAGCAUGGAUCCUUAUAAGAAAUUAUCCUCUCUACAAGAAAUCUCAAAAGCCCAAUUAUCAAAAAUAUUCUCUAUAAGUACAAACAAAAAGUUUUUAGUGAUCGAGACUGCUUUGAUAAAACCUCUCGAAAGAGUAUGUGGAUUGCAAUGGCUUAAAUCCUCCGGUGUAGACCGAAUCUUCAAGCUAGAACCUUUAGCACCAAACUUUGAGGAAAAAGCUGUGUUUUACAUGAUUUCAUCAAAUCUCCAAUCCUUCACUUAUGUACUAGAACAAAUAAGAGCCCAAGUAGAUAUUCUAAAUAACCCUCCAGCAAACAAGUUCCAUAUUAUAGUAAUUCCUCGAUACAUUCAUCUAUUUGAAGAAGAACUGGAGCAAUAUGGUCUGCUGGAAAGUGCAGUAAAGCUCCACUCAUUUCAAUGGAUGCCUCUUCAUUUGGACACCGGAAUUCUGAGCCUUGAAAUGCCUUUACUGUAUAAGACUGUUUUUGUGGAAGAAAGUUACAAUUUGUUCCCCGAGCUGCCAAAAGUCUUAUGGCAAUUAAUGCAUGUAAUAGGUACACCAAAUGUUACCAUAAGCCUGGGACAACAUUCAAACAACAUACUGAAACUUCUCGAUGAUAUGUGGGAUUCUAAGGGCAACACUGAUGUAAUCAACUCUGAUUUUGGGGCCUUAGUAAUUAUUGAUAGAAACAUUGAUUAUCCCAGUGCCUUACUGACACCUGGAAUAUAUUCUGGACUGCUUAGUGAAAUCUACUCAGUAAGAUCUGGAAUAUGUGAUGCCAAAAACCUUAAGGAAGCUGAAACUGGUACUGAGCAAAUACUGGAUGAAAAAUACAUCCCUAUCAAGAAAAAACAACCUGUUAAUAUUACUUUAAAUAGCCAGCAAGAUCCUGUAUAUGGAGACAUAAAGAAUAGAUACUUCACACAAGUAACUGCUGUACUUAGUAGUUUGACAAAACAACUUAAGAGUGAACAGUUAAGUUCACAAGAGAUGGCAUUAGAUGAGAUCAAAAGGUACGUACAGACCCAACUGCAGGCCACAAAAUCGAGAAAACAGUUUAUAACAAACCAUUUGCUGGCCGCCGAGAGUAUUAUAAACAUCUUGGGACACAAAUAUGAGCGGCAAAAGGACGUGGAGAUUAAUCUGAUGAAGAACUCCAAUAAAAAUUCCAAUUGGAGUUAUUUAAAUGAGAUUCUUCUCAGUGAGAAUGAUAUGCUCUCUUCAUUAAGGCUCUUUUGCCUCAUUUCUAUCACUCAAACUUUAUCAGAAAAGGAAGUGAAUAGUUUUAGGCGUAAGUUUAUACAUCAGUUCGGGUUUUAUGGUUUCGCUUUUAAAACGCUCGAGAAAUUGGGGAUUUUAAAUGAGCCAAAUCUCUCAUUAGGAUCUAUCAAUAUUUCUGGCAAAUUGAAUUUGAAACUUCCAAAGUUUAUCUCUAGUAACUUUUAUGUAAAUGCGAAAAAUUUGAGGCAAAUACCCACUGAUCCGGAUAAUAUCAAUUUGCACCAUCCAACGUGUGCCAGUUACGUUUUUGGAGGUGCUUAUAUCCCCCUUAUCACUCAAAUUGCUGGUUUGCUACUGAACUCUGUCCCACUAGAAGAAAUUAGGCUAAAGCUGGAAAAUGUUGGGCCAUUAAUUUUGAGAAACGAUAAGGGUUAUCCUUUGCUUUGUAGGAAUAUAUUGAUUUUUAUGGUGGGCGGGGUGACGUAUGCCGAAAUUGCCGCCUGCAAUUUGCUAGAGACUCUUAUGGGAAGUAAAAUUUGCAUUUUGAGUGACAGAGUAAUUACAGGCAAUGAUCUGAUGGCUGACAUUUUAAGUGUAUGAAUGAUUUAUCUUAAAGCACGGGAGUAACAAAAAAUAUUUAUGUAAGAAUGGCUGUGAUAAAGAAGCUUAUAAGUAGAAAAAGAUAUUUUAUAUUGUGAGGUACCUUUAUAUAGAUUUCAUUAAAAAUUAUGUUAAAAGAU